UUAGUUUGCAAAACAUAACUCGCACGUAAAAAGUAAAACACAAAAACUCUUUGAGGCUGAGAGUGCUUGCACCUGCAGAAGAGAAAGAGAAAGAGAAAGUCCCAUUAUAUUGCCAUCUUCUAAUUGUUGCUUCUCUUCUUCUUCGACAUCCAAUUUGUAACCAAUCUUUGAAGAUGGUUUUCCAGUAUUUAUUGGGUGGCGUUGCUGCUUCUCUGUUGGGUUUUGUUCUUCUGUACAGUUUCAGAGGAAAGAAGACCACCAGAGCUUCAAUGGAGAUGACAAGAAAUGGGAGUGAAAAGAAGUUGGAGAACGGUCUAUGUCGGUCUGAGAUCUCCGGAAGCACGGACGUGAUCAUCGUUGGCGCAGGAGUUGCCGGUGCAGCUCUUGCUUACAGUCUUGCCAAGGACGGCCGUCGAGUGCAUGUGAUUGAAAGAGACUUGACUGAGCCGGACAGAAUUGUUGGUGAGCUGCUACAGCCAGGGGGCUAUCUGAAACUGAUUGAGUUGGGUCUUGAAGAUUGUGUGGAUGAAAUCGAUGCUCAACGCGUGCACGGAUACGCCCUUUACAAGGAUGGGAAAAGUACCAAACUGUCUUAUCCCUUGGAAAAGUUCAAUUCAGAUGUGGCUGGGAGAAGCUUCCACAACGGGCGUUUUGUUCAAAGAUUGAGAGAAAAAGCUGCCUCUCUUCCAAAUGUAAGAUUGGAAGAAGGAACGGUAACAGCUCUACUUGAAGAGAAAGGCACCGUCAAAGGAGUGCAAUACAAAACCAAGACUGAUCAAGAACUGACUGCACAUGCUCCCCUCACCGUAGUAUGUGAUGGUUGCUUUUCAAAUUUGCGACGCUCCUUGUGCAACCCUAAGGUUGAUAUCCCCUCCUGUUUUGUUGGUUUAGUCCUAGAGAACUGUAAUCUUCCAUAUGCAAAUCAUGGACAUGUUGUUCUGGGAGAUCCUUCACCCAUCUUGUUCUAUCCUAUUAGUAGCACUGAGAUUCGCUGUUUGGUUGAUGUUCCUGGACAAAAAGUGCCUUCCAUUUCUAAUGGAGAAAUGGCUCAGUAUUUGAAAACUGUGGUGGCUCCUCAGGUUCCCCCUGAGCUUUACAAUGCUUUCAUAGCAGCAGUUGAUAAGGGAAACAUCAGAUCAAUGCCAAAUAGAAGCAUGCCUGCCGCUCCCUAUCCCACUCCAGGUGCCCUUUUGAUGGGGGAUGCAUUUAACAUGAGGCACCCUCUAACAGGAGGAGGAAUGACAGUGGCUCUAUCAGACAUUGUUGUACUCAACAAUCUUCUUAGUCCUCUGCGUGAUCUCAAUGAUGCAUCUAGCCUUUGCAAGUAUCUUGAAUCCUUCUACACCCUACGCAAGCCAGUGGCAUCUACCAUAAACACACUGGCAGGUGCCUUAUACAAGGUGUUUUGUGCAUCAUCUGAUCCAGCAAGGAAUGAAAUGCGCCAAGCAUGUUUCGACUAUCUGAGCCUUGGAGGUGUUUUUUCAACUGGACCAGUGUCUCUACUCUCUGGUCUAAACCCUCGGCCUUUGAGCUUGGUUCUCCAUUUCUUUGCCGUGGCUGUCUAUGGUGUUGGCCGCUUGUUGGUUCCAUUUCCUUCACCAAAACGCAUGUGGAUUGGAGCUAGAUUGGUUACGGGUGCAUCAGGUAUCAUUUUCCCCAUAAUCAAGGCUGAAGGAGUUAGACAGAUGUUUUUCCCUCUAACUGUGCCUGCCUAUCACAGAGCUCCUCCUAUUCAUUAGCACAAUGAAAAUGAAAAUUUUAUGAAUAAAAGAAAAUGUAGAACAAAUUAUAUAUGUACCAUUAAUAGACACUAAUCUGUUCAAGUAGCAACACUCCCUUCAAGAAAAUUGAGGAGCUCAGUCAACAGUUUGGAGAAUGAAAUCUUUCAAUAUAAUAUGUAUUAUGGAUUCAGGAUUUGCUCUUUAUUUGGGAAAAAGUUUCCCAAAAACUAGUGCCAGGCAAUUUCUAUGGAAAUGACAAUACAUGACUAAUAAGUUUUUGGGUGUCCA